CGCCGUCUCCCGGCGUGCCGCCGAACAUGCCGCUGGAUCACCGCCGCCUGCGCGGCCCCGAGGAGUCGCAGCCGCCGGCGCUGUGGGCAGCGGCCGCGGCCGAGGAUGAGGAGGACGGGGAGGGCGCGGCGCCGCGGGACCCCUGUGCGCUCCGGCCGCUGUUCGCGCGGGCCGGGCUGCUGAGCCAGGCGCAGGGCUCGGCCUACGUGGAGCUGGGCAGCGGCACCAAGGUGCUCUGCGCCGCCUGGGGCCCGCGGGAGGCGGCCGAGCCCGGCCCGGGCCGGCUGCUCUGCGAGUUCCGCCGGGCGCCGUUCGCGGGGCGCGGGGCGCGGAGCCGGCCGGGCGCGGCGGCGGAGCGGGAGGCGGAGCGGGAGGCGGCGGCGGCGCUGCGGGAGGCGCUGGAGCCGGCGGUGCGGCUGGGCCGCUACCCGCGGGCCCGCCUGGCCGUCAGCGCGCUGCUGCUGCAGGACGGCGGCUCGGCGCUGGCCGCCGCCGUCAGCGCCGCCGCGCUGGCGCUGGCGGACGCGGGCGUGGAGAUGUACGACCUGGCCGUGGGCUGCGCGCUGUGCCUGCCGGCCGCGCCCGCCGCCGCCUGGAUGCUGCAGCCCGCCGAGCCCGAGGAGCGCCGCGCCGCCGCCCGCCUCACGCUGGCCCUGCUGCCCGCGCUCAACCAGGUGUCGGCCGUGCUGGGCGGCGGCCGGGGCGGCCCGCCCGAGGACUGGGCGCAGGCCCUGCGGCUCGGGCUCGAUGGCUGCCACCGGCAGUACCCGGUGCUGCGGCAGAGCCUGCUGCGGGCCGCCCAGCGCCGCGACGCCGCCGCCGCCGCUGCCGCCACCAGUGCCUGAGUGCCCGUGAGACCUGCGUGCCCCGGUCUGCGGGUGGGCAUCUCCCAGAGCCCGCCCAAGCUGCUUUCAGUGCUGCCGGGACGCCUGGUGCCUGCUUGAUCCACACACCGCUGUUCGGGACUAAAAUAAGUUACUUCUAGAAUCUUAAAAGUUUGUUAAGUUUAGCUGUAACUGCUGGUGAAGCCCCAUACCGAGCCUGAUCCAUGCCUCAUGCUGCUGGAGACUGGACGAACCAACCUUUGCACUGCUGGAGACCCCUCGUGUUGCCCACACAGCUGGAGGCCCAAGGACAUGAGACUCUGCUUCCCCCACACACUGCCCGAGCACCCCAGAGUGCAACUCGUGUUGCAGGAGACCAUUCUCAACUGGUACCACAGGACCCAAACAGCCUUGCAUGCUGCUGAAGCUCCCCAAGAACAACCUCCCUACUGCCUCAGCAUCCAGAGCCUGUCCAAGGCCUCCCUCCAAGCAAUUGCUGGCACUCGGGACCCCACAUCUCCACCUGUGCUGGUCACAGCACCAGGCUGAAAGCCUCACUCCAGGCUCCCCACCAUAUCCAUCUGUGCAGGCAGCACCAGACAGGAACCAUAUAAUGGCAUGGACUGCACAACCUUUGGACUUCUUGCCCAGGCACUGCUUCAGGUGGCAGAGUUGUGUUUUGUUCAUUUUUUCGUAAUAAUAAAUUGUAUUUUUUCUGAUGAGU